AUGGUUGGCCAGUUGGAUGAUAAGACAAAUGAAAAACAAGCAUCUGAAUGGAAGGAAGUUCCAGCCUCUGGUAUCUUCUGCCUGGAUGUUGCAUCCUGGUGUUCUGAAGCAUCUACAGGGAGGUCAUCUGAAAUUGUGUGGUAUCCAUGGCGACAACCUCUACCCAGCUCUUCCUUGAUGACACCAACUUCUACCAAGUCUAGGGCGCACGAAGAUGGGUCCACAGGUGAUGAUCCAGCUCUCCCCGUUCAAGCUGUAACCACAUUGGAGAAAGAUGGUGUGAAGUCACCAUUUGGUGAUUUUCUGAAGUGCAUCACUGGGGACGGUUGCCUAGACAACCCCAUCUCUCCUCUGAAUAUGCUCUUACCAGACCAGUCAGCAGCAUCCAGUGUGGGCUGUGAGAUGAGGAAUGAUGAGGGGGAUGGAAAGAAUGAUGCAGAUACUGAUCUUCAAGCGAGCAGAGAACUGCAGGAGAAGGUUGAGGAGCUGAUCAGGGUGCUCGGAGAGGCAGUUCGGAAGAGAGUGACCAAUGUGCCUUUGGGGACCGAAGCAGUUCAUGCAAGCCAUCGGCUUCAGAAUCUCCAUUUGGAAUCUCACUCUGAUGAUGGUCUGAAACCAGGCUUGUCCAGUACAGAGCCAUGUUUCAGGACUGAAGAGGAUGGUCAUGAAGCGGCUCACAGGAAAGAUGAGGAAAGAACUAGGCACAAGAAUCAUCGAGACAGAAUCUUCCAUGAUGUUAACAUGAUUCAUGGGAAGCCAGGUGAUGAUCCUUCCUAUUCUUCACCUCAAGCAAACCACAUCCCUCGUUGCCAUGGCAAUGACCUUGUCGGAACCGUGAACCCAUCUCCUGACGGGUGUCAAUCAUCUCCCACUGACGGCGGGAUGACUGCCUCACCCGGAGCGGAGGACCGUGUGCACGCUGGGAAUGUUUAUCGGGAGUGUGACAGAGACAUACCAACAUGUAGCAACACCUCGUCUUCCUCUGCAGUGUGCUGCCCUCGUGGUCAGGGGGAAGAGACGAAGAGCAGUAGAGUUGGGGUGCUGUUCUCCGGUGGCUUGGAUUCCAUUGUUCUGGCUGCUCUGGCCGAUAGGUAUGUACCUGAUGAUCAACCUAUAGAUCUCUUCAAUGUGGCCUUUGAGCAGAGGAACAUUACUCACCAAACCAAUAGCAAAGGCAGGAAGAAAAAAGACCCCAAACUACCGAAGAAAAGCUUCGAUGUUCCUGAUCGUCUGACCGGCAUAUCAGGUUUAGAGGAGCUCCGAGCAAUCAGCCCUUCUAGAAAAUGGAACUUUGUAGAGAUCGAUGUCACUUUGGAAGAACUCCAAGCAAUGAGGUCUGAGCAUUUGUGCCAUCUGAUCUAUCCUCAAGAUACUGUCCUGGACGACAGCAUCGGCUGCGCCAUCUGGUUUGCUGCCAGGGGUCUAGGCAGACUGAUCAAUCCCAGACCUCACAGAGCGAACUGCCUUGAAGAAUCCUACAACAGCCCUGCUAAGGUUGUGUUGGUAGGCAUGGGUGCUGAUGAGCAGCUAGCUGGUUACUCAAGACACAGAUCAAAGUUCAAGUCAGAAGGUUGGCGUGGUCUCUUAGAAGAAAUUAAGAUGGAGGUGGAUCGCAUCUCUGCUCGUAAUCUUGGUAGAGAUGACAGAGUAAUAUCUGAUCAUGGAAGAGAGUCUCGGCUACCCUACCUAGAUGAAGACGUUGUCUCCUUUCUCAACAGUCUUCCUAUUAACCUCAAGGCUGAUUUAAAUCUUCCAAGAGGGGUUGGUGAGAAGCUUCUUCUGAGAGUUGCAGCCCAGCGUCUUGGCCUGGGCGCAUCUUCAAAGCUACCAAAGAGGGCGAUUCAGUUUGGAUCCAGGAUUGCCAAGCUUGAGAACAACAGAGAGAAGGCCUCUGACCGAUGCAACAGACUUGAGCAACAGGUUGACUGAGGGUUCACUGAACAGCAUCUCGGGUUGGAUGUGUCCUCAAAGGUCCAAAGAGGGAAAUACAGUUCCGAUCCAGAAUCGCCAAGCUAGACAACAGCAGAGAGAAGGCUUCUGGCCCAUGUAACAGACGGGAGUAACAAAUAGACUGAGAUUUGCAGAACAGUGUCUUUGCUCUGGAGUAUUCUCAGAGCUGCAAAAGAGAGCUGUCCAGUUCUGGUCCAAGAUUGACAAGAUUGGAAACAACUGAGAGAAGCCGUCUGACUGAUGCAACAGACUUGAGCAAUGAGGAGACUGUGUGUUGCAGAACGGAGUCUUGGCCCUAGAGUACAUGUAUUCUCAGAGCUGCCAAAUGACUGGAGCAACAACUAGUAAACUGAGAGUUGCCUCCAUAGAGCUUCCAAAGAAAGCAGAUCAGUUUGGAUCAGGGAUUGCCAAGCUUUAGAUCAACAGAGAAGGCUUGUGACAGAUGCAGCAGACUAGAACACCAAAUAGACUGAGGGAUGCUGAAUAGCACUUUGACCCAGAUUUUCUAUACACUUAGAAAGCUACAGAAGAGACCUGUUCUGUUCUGCGCCAAUCUUUAGAACAACAGAGAGGAGGCCUGUGACAAAUGUGACAGACUUGAACAACAGGUUUACUGAGGGUUGCUGCUUGCCAUCUGGCCUAGAGCUGAUCUUAAUGGACCAAAGUGGGAUAUCCACUGUCGAUACUGGAUAGACUUAAAAGGCAGGGUGAUUGAAGAUUUCUGCUCACUCUCUUUUGCUUGUGGCGUCAUCAUGCGACCAGUUAAAGCUUACUCUGAAGUCCAAUGAAAGAUCACAUUGAGUGAAAUCAAGGGUUUAGCUCAGGCAGGUGGAAUAGACUCCAGUAGAAAGAUGGAGGAGGUUGAAGUGUUAUAUGAGGAGAAAGCAUUAUCAAGUUGAUAAACACAUAAUUUAUUGCAUUAUAAAUUAGGAGAAUACCUGUAAGGAAAUUUCAAAACAACUGAAUUUUUCAAUUGUUCUUUUAAAGUUGAUUGAGCAAAAGGAAAUGGCUUUGAAUAAUAUGGUAAACUAAUACAAUUUCAAAUAGUGGAAUGUUUUUCCAUGUAUUUUUUUUUUGGGGGGGGGGUUGUAUUUCACCCAACAUCUCAUCUGCAUCGAAAGAAUACAUGCGAUUCUAUGUAUUUUGCAGGUAAAUUAAGUAAUGUUGAGGGGUACAAUUCUCGUCUUCCAGUCAGAGGGACGUGUGUUCAAAUCCCAGCCAUGGCGUGUUUUCCUUCAGCAAGAAAUUUACCCACAUUGUGCUGCACUCAACCCAGGCGAGGUGAGUGGAUACACGGCAGGAUUAAUUCAUUGAAUGCACCAAGAGCCUUUUAGUAGCUGGAGCUACUAACAGCUGGGGUAAUAUAUAGUGCGCCAUUGAAUAGGCAACAAGAUAAUUGGGCCCUUCAUAAUUGGUAUAUAUUAUUAUUAAUUUUGAUUUAAUAUAUUCCAUUAUUUCCAAUUGGUCUAAUGCCAAUACUUCUAAUUACCAAUUUGGUCUAUCAUCAAUCCGUCCACUAUCCACAUGGUCUAAUUGCCAUUUCGUCCACUCACCAUUUCGUCUAAUAACCAGUUGGUCCAAUAGCCAUUUAGUCCAUAAACUGUUUGGUCUAAUUGGAUAAGUGUUUAUUGGGUGAAAUGAAUGAAAAGAGAAUGGGUAUUAGACCAACUGGUUAUUAGACAAAAUGGUCAUAGAUGAACUGGUGAUUAGACGAAGUGAUUAUUGGACCAAAUGGUUAUUGGACCAAAUGGUUGUUAGACGAAAUGUUGAUGGACGGAAUGGUAUUAGACUAAAUGAAGGUAGACCAUGUGAUUUAUUUAUUUAUUUCACAUCAUUGUACAGGGUAACCAAUUCAGCUAUACACGAUAAAAAUCAUUAACAAUGAUAAAAAGCUGGUUUGCAAUCGGGCCCUGUUAAUCAAGAUACAUACAAAUUAUAAAGUACAUGAUAUGCAAAAUAUACAAGAAAUAAAUCUUUAAAAAUCCCAAUUUAACCCUCUGUGCCGUCAGCAGAUUCAUCAGAAACACACAGAAGCACCCAAACCCACACACACACCCCAUCACACUCUACAGACUCGUUACUUACUUGUAACAUAUAAUAAAUAAUUUAACAUUAUGAUUACAUAAUGAUGAGUGGACGAGUUGGUAAUAGACGAAUCAGCAGUUUACCUAUUUCACAUACCUAGAAUGUUGCUAUCUGAAUGGAGAAAUUGGAUCACAUGAUUAACGAAACAAGAUGUUUCUGCUGUUCACUGAUCUCUCAAGUAUUAAAACAGCUAUAACACAUUGAUCAUGUCCGGGGAAUGUGCAAUGUGAAAGUGUAUUGUAUGCCCUCAUCAUAAUGAUCUGAAUGGGUGAUUUGUCGAAACCCAGUCAUGUUACCAAAGAUAGUUCCAGCCAAUUUCGUGAAAUUAGGCAGAAAUGCCUUGGAUUCUGACGUCCGGCAACACAAGCUGGGAUUAGUACCCGAGCCGUAAGUGCUACUAACAUUAUUUAUGGCCUAAAUCAAAAGCAUGAUUUUAUAUUUGAUAACAAUACCAGCUUUAUCAAAUGUUAUUAACAAUUUCUUACUUGAAGAUUGGGAUUCCUUAUUCAAUAUUGUAAUUCAUCUCAACAUAAUUUUUAUUCAGCUUUUCAGAAUGGUAGCAGCAUUCAAAAUUCCCAAAUCGCCUCGAAAUGGUAGUUAGUCCCAUCACCUUAACCAAUGGUCAUCAUUUUCAUACUGUCUGCUAAAUUUUGAUUAUGAUUAGCUUGUUCUCAAGUUGUGAAUAAACCGCAUGAAUUCUUUCAAUCUAUGUAGAUUGUCCAAAACCUUAGAACAAAUGCAUAAAUUACAAACUAACUCAUAGAAGUGGUGAAUCAUGUCUUUGUGACCAAGGACCAAGACUACAUUGACAUGCUUUCGGAUAAUUGCUUCAAACCAUUUAUGGUGAAAUUCUGAUUGCAACAGUGUUUUCCUCAGACUUUGGUUAUCUAUGUUCCUUGACUGAUCUCAUUCUUGAACCAAUGAAGUCAUGUCUAUUUAUAUGUCAACUAGAAUAUGGCAGGCCAUAUAUCACCCCAAAGGUAUUUUGUUUCAAUAGCUAAAUUUGUGAAAUACAGAUGCUGUUUUAAUUUUCUUACUGUUAACUUAUUAACAAACACUUUUUGUGUAAAUUUGUACCACAAUUUAAUCAAAUUUAUUAGAAAUACUGUCACAUUAAAUGCAACAGUAUUUAGAUAUUGGUACUCUAUCUAUAUCUGGAUUGGGUCAAGAUAUUUUCCUAUCUUGCCUUCUGGCAGUCUGCUCAAUCAAGAAUCAAAUGAUUUGUCUAUGUCUUGGAAUAUUUUUUGUAUUAAAAGAAUGUCAUUAAAAUGCCUGAGAAGAUGUAUAAAUUACAA